AUGGCCGCCGGUUUCGAAGCUCUUCCUGACCCUACCGCACUCUCCCUCGCGCUGCCGACGGGGCUCAAGCUCAACAAGGAGGACUACCUCGCCAUCUGCCUCGCCGCGCUCGCCGGCACCCGAGGAAGCGGCCUCAGCAAGGCCGCCGCCGCUGGGUUCGGGUUCGCGCGGCAGCAGGAGGGAGUCGGACAGGGACACGGCAAUAAUAAGCAGCAGCGGUGCCCACCGCCGCCGGCCCCCGCGGCGCACGAGGAGCAGCUCCGGUUCCGGUGCGCGGUGUGCGGGAAGGCCUUCGCGUCGUACCAGGCGCUCGGCGGCCACAAGUCCAGCCACCGCAAGCCGCCCACGCCGGAGCAGUACGCCGCUGCUUUCGCCGCCACGGCACAGACGGCGUCCGGGGGUGACUUCGACGAGACGACGGCGUCGCCGGGAUCGGCGGCUAGCGGUGGGCCGCACCGGUGCACCAUCUGCCGGAGGGGCUUCGCCACGGGCCAGGCGCUCGGCGGCCACAAGCGCUGCCACUACUGGGACGGCACGUCGUCGGUGUCCGUCUCCCUGUCGGCGUCGGCGUCCGCUACGGGGUCGUCAUCGGGCGUCACCGUCAGGAACCUUGACCUCAAUCUGAUGCCUGUGCCGGAGAACGCCGGGGUGAAGAGAUGGGUCGAGGAGGAGGAGGUGCAGAGUCCACUGCCGAUCAAGAAGCGCAGGAUCUCGGAUUCAUUAGCUCUCACUGCCUACUUUUGA